CUAUAAAUUGUACUACAAAAAACAUUAAUUAAUAAAACAUUAAUUAAUAAAACAUUGAUGUGAAGAAUGUUUCGUAAAGCAUUAUUGGACAUGUUCGGUAUAUAAGCUGUCGCAAAGCAUCUUGUAAUAAAAUGAAAAGUAAAGGAUGAUAAGGAGGUCGCAUGCAAUGCCUUUAAUGCAUGUUCAGGCAUAUUCAGGUGCAUACUUGAGGAACCUUGAGCCAAAAUCCUCUUGCCCAACAUGCUAGUGAAAGGAGAUAUUUCAUACAUAUAAAAGAGUUUCUACAGGACUGGUGCAGUUUCGAUUAGUGUUGCUUGUAGUGAAUAACAAUUUGAUACCAGAUACAAUGGAUUUAAAUAUUAUUAUUAAUUUAAAAAUUCUAUAAAAUACUAUCAAUUACCGUAUUUAUCACAUAUGACAUUUGUCAAGUCACGGUAAUAUCUUCAAUCUUUUUCUAAAAGAUAUAAAAGAUUUCUUAAAAUAUAAAACAAAUUUUAGUAAAGUACAUUUCUUGUAAUAUUCUGUUAUUUUGGUGACAUUUUCAUCAACACUAAAUAACAAAUAAAAAUGUGGUUUAUAAUUAUUUUCUUGGUAAUAAUAUUCACAGUAAAGAUUCUACUUAGUUGGCGACGUCCAUCAACAUUUCCUCCAGGUCCUCGCGGCUUGCCAAUCGUGGGGAACAUACUUGACAUAAAACGACUCGUUGACGAGACGAAGUUUUAUUCUCAUGCUUGGUGUCGGUUAGCUGACAUUUAUGGACCCAUCGUCGGCUUGAAACUCGGCUUAGCUGAGCCACUGAUCAUUGUUUCCGGUAAGGAUGCGGUGAUCGAAAUGAUGAGUCAAUCUCAGUUUGACGGUAGACCUAAUGGAUUUAUACAUAAACUUCGAACGGGAGGUAAACGAAAGGGUGUGAUGUUUACCGAUGGUGAAAUUUGGCGAGAUCAAAGAAGAUUUGUUCUGAGAACAUUGAAGGAAUUUGGAUUGGGAAAUGUUACGAUGGAGGACUUGAUAUUAAACGACGCGGUUUCCUUAACGACUAUGAUAGACUCGCUGGCUAAAUUGGGUCCCAUUAACAACUUGUACAAUAUUACCUCUAUAGCAGUUCUCAAUAGUUUAUGGACAUUAGUCGCUGGAGCACGGUAUGCUGCAAAGUUAAUAUCAAUUACAUGCAAUUAUAUAUUACCAAAAAUAACAUCAAAACAUUGUAGAUUCGACUUGGAUAAUCCCAAAUUAACAGAAAUUUUAACAGUGGUAAACGAAAUUAUUAGAAAUACCAACGCCACCGGCGGUAUAUUGACCCACUUACCAUUUUUAAGAUAUAUUAUCCCAGGGUUAUCCGGAUUUACCGCACUAAAUCAGAGAUACACACAAAUGUUGCAGUUCAUCGGGACCGAAAUAGCGAGGCACAAGCAAACUAGAACGGACGGCGAGUUCAGAGACUUUAUCGAUGUUUACCUAGCGGAAAUGGACACCAAGCAAUCAACCGUAUCGUCUUUUGACGAAGAACAAUUAAUUAGCGUUGUGAAAGACCUCUUCACCGCCGGAGUGGAAACAACGAACAACACUAUUGGCUUCAUAAUAACGUACCUCGUAGUGUGUCAGGAUGUGCAAAAAAAAGUGCACGAAGAAAUCGACAGAGUGCUCGGCAAGGAAAUCCUACCUCGUAUAGUAUAUAAAAAUCGGUACACACCAACUCAAAAAUAUUGCUUGGCAUAUACCAUUAAUAUUUUUCUUUUGUUCGCAAAUUACUCUACAGAUAUACGGUCAAAAAUUUUCAGAUUGCCGUAUUUGAACGCGACGAUAGCGGAAGUGAUGAGACUGGCGAACAUCGGUCCUACUUCAAUUCCUCAUCGGGCAUUGACUGACUCCGUCCUACUCGGCUACAAGAUAAAAAAGAAUUAUACCUUACUGGCUAAUUUGCGAAGCGUACAUAUGGACGAACAGCAUUGGGGCGAUCCAAAGAUAUUUCGGCCUGAAAGAUUUAUCAAUGAGAAAGGAGAUUACGUCGAGGAUAGCUGGUUAAUACCAUUCGGCUUAGGCCACAGAAAGUGCUUGGGAGAGACCUUGGCGAGGAACAGUGUAUUUCUAUUUACUGCGUGUUUGCUGCAGAAAUUUCAGUUCGUAUUACCACCGGAUCAUCCCGAUCCCAUUUUAGAUGGUAUCGACGGCUUCACGAUAGCGCCACCUCGUCUAAGUGUUAUUGUUAAGAAAAGAAAAUGACUGCGUAUUUAACGCAUAUAUUAACGCAUAUGCGGCAUAUAAAUGGAUGCGAGAUAAUAUAAACUCAGUACAAAACAACAUUUUAUAUGGCAAGGAAACAAUAAUAAUAUUUUAUAACAAUUAUCCGUAGAAUAAUUUUGUUUCCUUCGGAAAGAUUGCAGUAUAUUAAUCUUCAUUUUUUUUACAAUGGCGAUUAUCUUUAUUUUGUUUUAAAUACAAGUUUCUAUCUCAAAUAAUGUUAGAAGACUAUUUACAUGAUAUACAAUUAAGAUUUUCUAUUCACAAGAGAAAUGCUUACAUGAAGUCUUUUUACUAUGUUUCUUAACAUUUGAGAGAACGUUGUACGCUUUCGUUGGCCACAUGUUGUACAUUUGGCAUAAUUCAAAAAUGACGAACCAACUACAUAAUGGCUUCCUUUCGCACGCGAAAUUUAUUAUCGAACGCGAUAAAUAAUGGAAGACAACAAAGACAAUAAAAAAAUCUUUGCAUUGUCGAAAUAACUACUUGUAUUGAUCACUUUUAUAGUUUGAAUGCUUCGAUUUAUCGAGCAAAUUAAUCAAAAAAUUAUUGCACAGACUAUUUACCUUGAAAAAUUUAAUUAGCAUAUUAUUAAAUUUAGAGUUGAAUAUCUUUUCGCAGUAAACAAAAUAUAUAUUUGUAUAUAUACAACCAGGAGAUACUGACAAAUGUCAGUUUUGAUUAAUAUGUUAAUGUAUAAUCUAUAUGAACGAAUGUACACUUUUUGUAACAUGUCAGACUAAUAUUUAUAGUAGAAACAAAUGUGUUCCGUAUAACCGGAUUAUGAUAUAGACAUAUAGAAUCAUUAUGUGUGACAUGAGAGAAAUUUCAAGAAGUUCUAUUUACACUAAGAAGAUUUAGAGAUUUAAAUGGUCCGCAGCUCUUCUCUAUGAGUAAAAUGUCAGAAAUAUAUAUGUAGUCAUUAUGAUCCAACAAUGAGUAUCAACUAAUCGGAAGUUUAAAUGAUAAUUUUAUGUUUUCGGUGGUACGGUACAAACACUUUAGAAUUUUAAUAAAUGUAUACAGUCACUAAGGUAUAUAAUGAAAUCGAUUAGUCAAAUUAACAAUUAAUACAACUUAUAACAUCGAUAAAUUAACAUAAUAAAAUAACAAAAAUCAUCACGAUUCGACAUACGACGGCAAA